AUGUCCGGUAUCAUGCUGCUGUCGGUUUCUUUCAGCUUGUGCUUGCUGUGGGCAACCGGCGGCUUGGCGCGGAGCGGGACGCUGAUCCUGCGGGACGCCCUGGAGCAUGGUCCGGCCAGCCUGAACGACAUGUUCCGAGAGGUGGAGGAGUUGAUGGAGGAUACCCAGCACAUACUGGAGGAGGCGGUGGACCAGAUAACUACUGAGAGUGCAAAAUCAUCUUUAAUGCCGCUGGAUGUGCUUCUUAACUACCACAAUGAGACAAAGAAGACUUUAAAGGACGGAGACAGAAGCAUUAGAAUCCUAGAUAGAACUGACAAGGAAACUAACAAUAAAACAGGAGAGACUGAAAUGUCACACAUCCAUGUGGAGAUCACUGGCCAGUGGAACAGUGUGGAUCACGAGUGCAUGGUAGAUGAAGACUGUGGUGACCUGAAAUACUGCCUGUAUGGGAUUGAGAACUCCAAGUGCCUGCCCUGCAUACCAACAGAUAUGCCCUGCACUACGGAUGAGGAGUGUUGUUCAGAUCAGAUGUGUGUAUGGGGCCAAUGCACUGUCAAUGCCACCAAAGGUACAGAGGGAACUAUCUGUCAGGGUCAGAGUGACUGCAGACUGGACCUUUGCUGUGCCUUCCAACGAGAGCUGUUAUUUCCAGUGUGUAACCCCAAACCGGGGAAGGGUGAGUCCUGUCUGAACCACCCCAACCUACUGAUGGACAUGCUGGCCUGGGACCUGGAGGGUCCCCGUGACCACUGCCCCUGUGCCGACGAGCUCCAGUGCCGACCUCACGGACGUGGAUCUGUUUGUGGGGAGUAGUGUUGGACAUGAAGAGAGCAUGAGGGGGUUAUGCUAAACCAAUUACUCUGUCCAGAAGCUUUACGAGCGUCCUUACUGAUCAUUCAACGAGGAACAUCCACCUGCUGAUCGGCAGUUCAUAAAACAAUAGGAUGUUGCUUCAGGACAGGACUUGCACUGUGUAAUUUAUGCCUUACUACCAAUGUGUAUCACAUAUAUCAUAAAGGAAAUAAAAGACUUGUUUUUAGUUUUGACUGA